AUGGUCCACUCCAACGCCAACGCCCUGCUGUGGAAGAAGGGCCCGGUCCGGACGGUGUGGAAGUUGUCGGCCUGCAAAGAGUCAGAGCUCAGCCGGGACAAGGUCACGCGCACGGACAUCGUCGCCGCCGUUGAUGAGAUUAUUUUGGAUGUGCACAGCGAACAUGGACUUCGCCUCGAAGUACUGGCAACGCUUCUGUUUGGAAUUGUUAGGAUAUUCUCCAAGAAAAUAGAUUUCAUCCUCCAUGAUUCCUAUGAGCUUCGUCGGUCAUUUCAACUAAGUCAACUUGCUGAACCUACUGUGCCAAGUGGAAGGCCGACAACCAGAGUUUUGAAGCAAGUGAAUAAAGAUGUCCGUGUAGGAAGGUCAGUGGCAGGCCAGCAAAACACCAGCAAAGUAACAAAAACUGUUCAUGCUGUGAGAACAACUGAAGUCUCUAGUGCAAUAUCAAGUGAAGGCCACUCUGUAAUGGUAGAAACAGAAGUUACUGUAGGGAUAUCUGUGGUAAUCAAAGAAGCACGUGUGCCAAAUGGUCUGCCAACCUUCACAAGACCGACAAGAUUUGAGCUUGACUCUUUUGAUUUGGGGAUUGAUGAAGAUACAGAUGAUGAAGGUGAUGACCACCAUCAGUCGGCACACCAAGAUAUUGUACUGAGAGACGAGAGACAUCAUGCCCCCUAUUUUUAUGAGCCUUAUCAGACGACACCAUGUUCAUAUGCUGUUGAUUCUGCUUGUUUUAUGCCGGAAUACAUUGCUCUUCCAAAUAAUAUUCUCGACUUCACUGAAGGGGAUAAACCUGAAAUAGAAGACAAGGAUGCUGAUUCUGCUUGGUUCACACCAUUGAAGGAUGUUCUUCCACCUGAGAUGAUGGAUCUGGUGGCUGAAGCAAAGGAUCUUGCAAAGGAAAGCAAAACUGGGGAUAAUUCUGUAAGGGAAGUGAACACGGAUGAGAAUAAUGGGGGUUCUGAUUGUACUGUGAUUUCUAUCCCUCUGCAAGAAAAUCAAGAACUGCAAUACUCUGAUAAUGCUCUGGAGAAUAUGGCUUGUGGAAGUAGGAGUGCAAAUUACACAACUGAAGCAUCAGAAAAUGAUUCACUGCUAGGAAAAUUGAAUACUGCCGCACCUGCAGCAGGAUUUCCAGGGCUUGGCAGUGACACUGGAGAAGAGUCACUUGAACCUCUUGUCAUAAGAUGUGAAACAAGGGCAGAUAAUGAGUUAUCACCUUCUACUCCGGAGCCUUUGCAAGAGGGUAUCCCAGGGCCAUCCUCUUCUUCUAGAUUUGGGGUUAGGACACCAGCUAAAACUGAGAAGAGCCAGGCUACUAGAAAAAGAAGAAGAUCAUUCUUAUACAAUAAGCAGGAUUAUAUACAGACGGAACGAGAAAGCCAGCGGAGGGUUAGGAGAAAGUUAACUUGGUCAUUGUUUGAUGAUGAGGGCACCGUGCUGUCAAAUGAGAUGUUGAGAGGAGCAAUAGAGAAUGCAAGUGAUCUUGUGCAGCUGAGAAGGAAGGCGCCUCACACUCAUCUUGAUAUUUGGAGGGUGGCAAAAUUGGGAUCUCUGCCAUACACCUUCAUGGAUCCACUGAUUCCAUAUCAGACUACAACCCCCCUUGCACACGGUACUGCACCAGAGGCACCUGAAAGUUCAUGCGAGGAAUCAGUUAAAGCCCGGAGGCGUCUUUCCUAUGAACACUCUGAAUCCAUCCAUGCUUGCAAGGAUACUGGAAGCACAGAACGAGAAAGCAUUUUAGAUGCAUCAAGAAAGAGGAAACUGGAAGAGCCAAUUGACCCUGAGGUUCCUGUUGACUGUCAAACAGAAAGUUGGCCUGUUCAAGAUGAAGUUUGUGCAUGUAAUGAAGAUACAAUCAAAGAGAAGAGCACUCAAGUCAAAGGAGAUGAACCUAGUUCCAAAGCACCACCGAAGAACGGACUACAUGAAUCAGAAAACCAAAUUCCGUUGCACAUUGAAGCACUGAAUGCUGCUGUAGAUAAUAUAGAUGAGGAUAUUCUUGUGGACGAAGAGCACUCCAGAGAUGAAGGUUUGCAGAAUUCAACCAGGACUAGGAAAAUAGCAAGUCUCCUCCAUCAGCUAUUCCUGGACCAGAAGAGAAAGGAGGGAACUACUACUUUAAGUCUCAGUCAAGUCCUUGAAGGGACAAAGAGGAAAACUGCAGCAUCAUUCUUCUAUGAAACUCUGGUUCUGAAGAACCGUGGGCUUGUAGAAGUUAAACAAGAACAGCAUUAUGAUGAUAUCAUACUCUCAGCGACUCCAAAACUUGAAGCAGAGCUUCAGCGCUGUGGGAACUAA